AUCAUUUCCGCGUCCGCUUGCCAUUGCCAAACGCCUAGUCGCCAUUUCCGUUUUAAAAACGCAGCUUCUUUUUAUUCAAGUCUUUGUAUAAUUUCAGUUAAACAUAUAAAAUGUCGAGCAGUCGCAAUGAUUGUAGAAUAUACGUGGGAAACCUACCUCCAGACAUACGCACCAAGGAUAUCCAGGAUUUAUUCUACAAAUUCGGAAAAGUCACGUUUGUAGAUUUAAAAAACCGACGCGGUCCUCCAUUUGCUUUUGUAGAGUUUGAAGACCCUAGGGAUGCUGACGACGCCGUACAUGCCAGAGACGGUUACGACUAUGAUGGGUACAGAUUAAGGGUUGAAUUCCCCAGAGGCGGUGGCCAUGGAAGUUUCAGAGGAGGCAGAGGGGGCGGAGACAGAGGACGUAGCUCUAGAGGCCCCCCAACACGUAGAUCACAGUUUAGAGUACUCGUAACCGGAUUGCCUCCUUCCGGAUCUUGGCAAGAUUUGAAAGACCAUAUGCGUGAGGCUGGUGAUGUAUGUUUUGCUGACGCUUUCAAGGAUGGUUCUGGAGUGGUGGAGUUUUUGAGGUACGAGGAUAUGAAGUAUGCCAUCAAGAAGUUGGACGAUUCGAGAUUCAGGUCACACGAGGGUGAGGUUUCCUACAUCCGAGUUAAGGAAGACAGGGGUGGCAGCGACAGACGUUCGGGUGGGCGUUCCAGAAGCCGUUCUUACUCGCCUCGGCGCAGGGGUUCGCCCACAUACAGUCCAGUUAAGAGAAGCUACUCCCGAAGCCGUUCACGAACAUAAUUCUAAUGUAGGUUAUUUGGACCGGACAUUAUGUAUGUACGUAUAUUGUCUGACGUCAAAAUAAUUUCUACUUCAUUUGAAACCCCUUAUAAUAUUGUUUAAGAACUGAUUUUUUUUGCUAAAUUGGGUUGAGUCGACAAAAGUGCAAGUUUUAAGCAAUUUAUGGUUUAAUAGACUGAUUGAAAAUAUCUAAAUUUUGACAACCUCUCUUUUUCUAAAAGUGUUUAGAGUUAUAUUUGUGUGUUGUACAUUCCUGAACGUUCGACUUGCUCUGUGCCAAGAUGAUUAUGCAUUUCGAUUCGAGUAAAACAUACUUGCUUUAAAAUACUGUUUUUACAUUUUUUUUAUGGUACCUGUAGGUUUGUGUAAUUCUUUUUCCGGUUCUCUUGGUGCACGGUGGAGUCUUAAGUUUGUUUUUUUAUAAACUGGAAGUAAUGUGUUAAAACAGCUUGUGUAGAUGUAAAACCCUCAUCGAUUUCAGCUAAUAAUAAUUUUAACCGUAAGUUAAGGAUUAGGUACUAAUGUAUGUUUUUUUUUCUGAUUUUGGUACCUUUGCUGAGCUUCUGUAUCAGCGUUGGACAUUUGGAAAUAAAAAAAAAAAAGAUAAAAACA